CUCACCAUGCUCCGGUUGCUCGCGCUAACCCUUCUGCUCAUCACCGGAUUUGCACUAGCAGAUGAAACAGUCCAGGAUGCUGCUAGGUUGGCUCGCCAGCUCUUGCAACAGGAGACUAUAGGGAACCUCGCAACUGUUUUUCCCUCAUCGCAUCCCGUCCUUCCGGGACAGCCGUUCAGCCUCAUGGAGUGCUUUGCUCCAUGCCACUCGAACGGCUCCUUGACGCUCCUCUUCCUCCCCAUAGCACAAAACAAUCGGAACAUCCUCGCCUCCCCCUAUCACUCAGCGACUCUCACAGUGCGCGUUCGUGAUCCCUCCAGUCCCUACGACUCCGAAGGCAAGGGUUGGGACAGUCCCGCUUCCCGUGGCCGGGUCGCACUCAUCGGGAAUGUUACUGUGACGGGGAAAGAUGGGUCAGACGUGGAGGAGUGUUAUUUGGAGAGUCAUCCAGACGCUGAAGGCUGGCUUCCGGGAAGGAAGGAAGCACCGCAUAAUGCGUAUUGGGCGAGAUUUGAUCCUCAUCACAUAUAUUGGGUUGGAGGAUUCGGAGACGAACAUUAUAUCGGCUACAUCCCUUUGGAUCUAUACCAGAAAGCCGCACCCAUCGUCAACGGCAUGUCGGAGCCCCUAAUCAUCCAGUAAUAGGUCAACGUUCUCGACACACUCUCUGCCUACCUCACCGCUUUGGAUCUUGCACACUUUGUACAACGGUAUUGCAAUGGAAGGAUAUGAACU